GUCAGCACACCUCCGGAAUUUUAACCAAUGAAAAGUGACCUACUUUAAUUUGUGCGAGACUAAAUUUUAUGCUUGAGAAGUGCAUUAUCAAAAGAGUUGGCUUUAUGUUAUAAUUCAUCAUGUCACGAAGUAAUUCAACCAACCACAAAGAUUGGAAAUUAGACUGUAAAAUAUAUGUUGGAGAUUUAGGCUAUGGUGCGGCAAAACAAGAACUGGAGGAAAAAUUUGCAAAAUAUGGACCGUUAAGAAAUGUGUGGAUAGCUAGAAAACCUCCAGGAUUCGCAUUUGUAGAAUUUGAAGAUCCAAGAGAUGCUGAAGAUGCUGCUCGAGGUUUAGAUGGAUCGAGAAUAAAUGGUCGACGAGUGAGGGUAGAGAUGUCUUCUGGAAAAUCACGAUGGGGAAGUCGUGGACCACCAGUGAGACGUGGCGGAGGAAGUUCAUAUGAUGACUACAGACCUCCUCGACGUGGCCGAUCUAGGUCAUUUUCUCCAAGACGCAGAAGUAGAAGUCUGUCAAGAGGGCGCUCAAGGUCUCCAAGUCCCCGACGACGCAGCAGAAGCAGGAGCAUCUAUUCAGAAGAAAGAUAAGUGAAUCAGACAACAAAUCAUAUAAUGGAGGGAAAUUCUUCUAAUUUUUAUGAGGAGAAGACAAACUUUUAUUUCAUCAAAAGAUUAUUUUGGGUGUGGCCUGGAGAGAUAUAAUAUCAAUAAGACAAGGACAAGUGAAUUUUUCCUAUACCUACCGCUGUAGAUAAUUAUUGAAUACACACACAAGAUACACAAACAGCUUGUUAUACCUGAUUAUAUUGUUUAUUUUGUGUUUAUGUAUUAGAUAUAUAUAAUGUAAGUAACUUGACUUAAAUCAAAAGUUCAGAUGUGGAUGUAUUGAUACAUUGUAGGAUAACCAACAUGCUUCAUCUUAUUUAGUGCCUAUAGUAAUAAACAAUUCAUAUAGCUAGGCAACAAAUAGUUUGCAGUUUUAAUUUAAUGCAAUUCCAUGUGUUUUGUUUUCUGAACAUUUUGAUUGGUAGUCAUAUAGGUGUCAUCAGUUCCCAAAUAACUGCUUUUUGGGUUUUUAUAGCUCCAGUUUCAUAAAGUUGUGAAAAUCGCGUUUUAAGGCCAUGUUUCAUGUAUGUAUGUAUGUUUAAUGCUUGUACACUGUAUUUUAUCAUGUCAUAAUUUGUUAUGUGUUUUAUACAUUAACUUGGUAUUAUAUUCAGUUCAACACAUUCUUAAUGUGUGAAAAUUGUUUUUCUUGAUAUGUUAUAAUUAACAAAUAAAGAUUUUACUGAG